UUGGAUAAACACUAGGCUAGUUCAGUAGCAGCUUUCCUUGCGCUCCCGUCUCCUCUGUAGGGACUUGUCAUCGCUCAUCUUGACCGUGCAGCAUUGCAGUAUUAUGCGAGUCCCGUGUGGAGUGUGGGAGCACCGUGUGAAGUGAGUUUCCUUGAAUCAUCUAUAUGGGCCAUCUUCUCUCGAAAAAUGGUUACCGCCUGAAGAAGAGGACACGCAAGCUGCACCACAGGAAAAAAAAGAAGAGGAACUGUUUCCUGCAGGUGCCCUGCAUGCUCUGUUUCAUCGUCCACAGCAAUAACAGCGGUCUUGACGACGAUAGUGACCAUUUGGAGGCUGGUGUCAACGGCAGUGGGUGCCGUCACAACAGCAUCACAGGAAUCAGCGUCCCUGGUGUGGGUGGAGUCGGUUUAGGAGCGGCGGCUGCCUCAAAACUUGCAGAGCGAUACGCAACCCUCGCAUCCCCUGAGGACUGCUCUAAGUUUCUGCUGUCACCUCGGGAGCUGGCUAUCUGGGAAGGCCAAGGGAGGAGCCUUUUAUCUGCUGUUCCCGCUAAACUGAUCCCACCACCAGCACUGUUCCGAACCGCUGGAGUGUCCUUGACCGUGCCCAUACCUGUGCCUGUGUCUGGCUGCACCAGCAACAACACUGAGAUGGUGUGCAAGAGGAAGUGCUCAGAGGUGCAGAGGUGCACCCCGUGUAAACAGCCCCGCUGCACCUUCGCUGCCCCUGAUGGAGGGCUGGAGAACGGAGGAGUGGGAGGAGGAGGGGGAGAGGCUGCCUCAAACUCUGAAACGGGACACUGUCACCUUCCCCUCUGCCCACUUCCCUCCUCCUCCGCUUCUUCUUCUUCCUCUGCCUCCUCCUCCUCCUCCUCCUCACCUGCUGAUGGCUGCUGUGGGCUGGUUCUUCAUGCAGAUUUGCCCCACAGUUCAGACUCAUCUCCUUGCUGCCUCCAUCAAUACGACGACUCCCAGGGGAGAUGUUCCGAUGCUGCUGAUCACUUAAGUAUCAACCACCUGCCUUCCUCCAUUCUACUCAAGGUGCUCUCCCACUUGACAGUGAAGGAGCGCUGCCUGUGUGCCUCUCUGGUUUGUAAGUACUGGAGGGACCUCUGCUUGGACUUCCAGUUCUGGAAGCAAAUCGACCUCAGUGGCCUACAACAAGUAAACGACGAUCUCCUAGUGAAAAUAGCCUCCCGCAGGCAGAAUGUGACAGAGAUUAACAUCUCAGACUGUAGGGGUGUUCAUGACCACGGCGUGGCCUCACUGGCCUCUCAGUCUCCAGGCCUGCAGAAGUACACAGCGUACCGCUGCAAACAGCUGGGGGACUCGUCCCUGUUCUCCUUGGCUAAAUACUGCCCUCUGCUGGCGAAGGUGCACGUGGGCAACCAGGACAAACUAACAGAUGAAGCUCUGAAAAAGCUGGGAGAACACUGCAGCGAGCUGAGGGACAUUCACUUGGGUCAGUGCUACGGUAUCUCAGAUAUUGGUGUGGUGGCCUUGGCUAGAGGAUGCCAUAAACUUCAGAGACUGUACCUGCAAGAAAACAAAAUGGUGACUGAUCAGUCUGUGCGAGCCGUAGCAGAGAAUUGUCCUGAGCUACAGUUUGUUGGUUUCAUGGGAUGCCCGGUGACCUCUAAGGGAGUCAUCCAUCUCACUGCGCUACGAAACCUGAGUGUGUUGGACCUGCGGCACAUCUCAGAGCUCAACAAUGAGACGGUGAUGGAGUUGGUGAGGAAAUGUCGCAACCUCAGUUCCCUCAACCUCUGCCUCAACUGGAGCAUCAACGACAGGUGUGUGGAAAUCAUCGCCAAGGAGGGCAGAAGUCUGAAGGAGCUCUACCUGGUGUCCUGUAAAAUCACAGACCACGCUCUGAUAGCCAUAGGCCAGUACAGCAGCACCAUAGAGACGGUGGAUGCUGGCUGGUGUAAGGACAUCACAGACCAGGGAGCCACACAGAUCGCUCAGAGCAGCAAGUCCCUGCGCUACCUGGGCCUCAUGAGAUGUGACAAGGUGAACGAGGAGACAGUGGAGAGGCUGGUGGUCCAGUACCCCCACAUCGUUUUCAGCACGGUGAUGCAGGACUGCAAGAGGACCCUGGAGAGAGCUUAUCAAAUGGGCUGGAGCCCCAACGCCUCCAACACCUCGUAGCUACUGCUGGAUCACAGAAGAACACAAACACAUAGCUACACAGAGGCCCCUUUUUGUGUAUAGACUCACUCACACGCACAAUGUUUGCAGUCCAGUCAUGUUUGCAACUCAUUCACUGUUCAAACAUGCAUGUGAACAUGUAGCUACACAGUCACAGACAAAAAGUCAAGUCCAUCAACUGUUUCAUUUGAAGAAAACCUCCCAUUUGAAUAAUUUCAGUUACUCGGGCCCUGUGGUGUUUUUUUUUUUUUUUAAUUGUAAAUUCAUAAACCCACCAAUCAGAUUUUAAAGUCAACAGAAAACUUCUCAUCAUAAUCAAUUGUUAUUGGUCAGAUUAUUUUCAACAAUAUUGUGGUUUUUUUUUUUUUUUUGAGAAGAGUCUUGAAUAGUUUGUUUCGGUGCAGUGAGGAGCACUAUUAUGUGGCAUUUGUUAUCUAAGUGUUACUCAGCUGAUAGAGUAUAAAGCCUCAUACAUGAUAAGUUCUCAUCAUCACCUUGAAGAAUCCUGGAUAAAGGAAGAAAGAUUCAACAAGAAGCAUCAUGAAUUAGACGCACGUGUCAUUGUUUGAGAUGUUGUUGAAAGUAGAUUAAAAUAGCUCCAAUUGGAACCAAUAUUUAGCCUCUGCUGUGUGUAAACUGGACUCAACUGCAGCAGUUUGAUCAGAUGGGACAGAAAAAUAGAAGGCGAUCACGAGAGGAGGUCCAACAACUUCAGUCCUGGAGAAAACAGAACUGCCAUAGCAUCAGGCUACACUGGAGGCAUUCUGAGAAAUAUCAGUAAUGUUGAUUUUGAACAUUUAGAAAAAUUUUCCUUUAUUUGGUGUUUAGUAAUUGUUAAAGACUUUUGUGAACUCCGCUUGAGAUUGUUGAUAGGGCUCCAUUUUAGAAGGACAGGGCUCUUUUCUGUGACACAUUAUUGUAGUACAGAAGAAUAUCCAGGCUAGAAUCACUCCAAUUCAAGGCAGAUGCACGGCAGGAAAAACAGCACUGAUUAUUCCUCCAAAACCUGCAUGUUUACACUGAGACCUUCAGAGAUAAAGAGCUAAUGUCUGCAGAGGAUCUGUCGCUAAAAUGAGCCUCUGUUUGACGUGGGAAGAGUGCUGUCUUUGAUGCCACACAGAUUUACAGCUAACUGAGCAUCACCUUGAGUCACUUCAUAGCUUUCAUGUUAUGUGACACUUGUUGAACGGCCCCUGCCAGGCAAGACAGGCAUCUAGAGCUUUAGGCUUCAGAGAAGCUGUCGGUCUUGGUUACUCCUGAUGCAUUUUAACCAAUUUAAAAUGAAAGAAAGUUGAUGUUUCAUUGGAUGCACUAUAGCAGUGGUUCUCAACUUUUUUUCUUAAGGGCCCCACUUAUUUGCAUCUCAGAAAAUCUAAGCCCCUAAUCUAAUUUUUUUUUUUUUUUUUUUUUUUAAAUUAACAUCAAUUUUAGUUGUUUUCAGUGACAAAAUCAAAACAUAACAGGCUUACAGACACUUGUUCCCAGAAAAAAAAUCAAUGUAUAAACUAGCUACUAUUAUGCCAGUAUGUAAGGGCCACUCAAAAAUAGAAAAAAUAUAGUAAAGAGGAUGUGUUUUAAAUUAAAGAAAAAAAAAGACUUAAAACAAUAACAAUUAACUGUAAAAGUUGCAAAUGUACAUCAAAAAUGUACACCUGUAGCUACCACCUCUUCCCCUUAAAAGUAGACAAUCCAACCACUGAUUUUAGUUUGGUUUCUUGUAACUUUUUGACUAUAUAAUGUUGUAAAUAUAUGAUUUUAAAAACUUGAAAUUUUGCAAGAUUUUGACAUCAAAAUUUAAGGCCAAUAACUGAUAUUUUUCUGUACAUUUACAACUUUUUAAACUCUGAAAUUCUAAUGCAAAAACUGU